AUGCCGCUGGACCUCGUGGGGAAGCUGCACCGCACGGUGUACAUUGAGGGCUGCCCACCCACGGUGCGGGAGGACCUCCUGCGGCUGCUGGUGGCCAAGUGCGGCGCUAUUGACGGCUGGGAUGUCGUUGGUGAGCGCAUCAUAGUUCUCUUCAGCAGCAUGAAUAGCAUCAGCACCGCCAUCACGUUCAACGGCACCGCCUUCGGCGACCUGACGAGCAAACUCAUCCUGUGGGUCGCUACCGAGUCGCCGCCGGCGGGAGUGACGCAGCAGAUGGCGAUCACCGGCAGUAGCGGCGAUGCGGGGGCCGCGCCACGCUCUGCGGAGGAGUUAAAGUCCGCGCGUGAGGCGCGCGAGCGACGACUUGCCGCCAUUCGUGCUGAGUUGGCGCCGGAAAUUGAGCGCGCGGAGAGCGCCGACGACCCUGAGGUUAAGCGGCGGGAUCUAUGCGGCCGGCAGCUCAAGGCGCUCUGCGUACUCACCGCCCACGCCAUCACAGAGUUGGAGAAGAAGCUUGAAGAUUCGACUACACACCUGCACGCCUCACAGCAGCUCCUUGCAAGCUUGCGCGAGAAAAAGGAGCAGCAGCAACAACAAGAAGAACAACAACGUGAAGAAGAGGUGAAGGGGGCGACUCUGAGCAAGAGGCUGUCCAAUGAUCACGGUGUGGGCGCUACCACUACACCUCCCGCAGUGCUGGAUGAGCGAGAUGAGGUCACUCGACGUGUUGAGGCGAUGGUAGAUGCUGCUGAGGAUAUUGGUAGGCGGCGUGUGCGCUCCAAAAGGGAAUGA